AUGGCGGCCACGGAGCUUCCCUCAGAGAUCUCUGUCCCGCACGAUGCCAGCUGUGGCGCUUGCCUUCUGGAGCUCAAUGAAAAUGCUGGAAAUCAGCAGGAAGCAUCAGUGGCAAGCCGCUGCAGCGACCGGUUGCGGUUGCGGGCCAAGCACAUUGCAGCUUUAGAAGGUUGCCAACACCUGUUCCAUGUUCGAUGCAUUUUGGUGUGGUCCGAAGUGGAAAAUUCCUGUCCUCAGUGCAGAUCUCGUUUCCGUCGCUUUGGGGAAUACAACGUGGUCACUGGCCAACUGAGAAAACUCUGUGAAGUGCAACAGAGAGAUCAAGUAGAGCAGAGCUCAUCGGAAGAAAUCAUUUGCGAUUUGUGUCACCGCGGUGAUGACGAUGAGUUUCUACUUCUCUGUGAUGGUCGUCAGGGACGUUGCCCUGGAGCCUGCCACAGCUACUGUGAUGGCUUGGGUCGUCAGAUUCCCCGCGGCCGGUGGCUGUGCUUCGCUUGCCGCCCCGCCCGGCAGCCCGCCCAGCCUGCCCGGCGUCCCAAGGCAGCGGCAAAAGGUCGAGGACGGCGAGCGGAGCGUCAAGCAGAGGCCCUGCUGAAUGCGACCAUGGCUGUGAACCAACUGCCGGUGCAACCGGCAUCAGCUGACUUGGUUAUGUCGGAUGCUGCGCAUGGGACAGCAAGCCAAGCCUUGCCAAAUGUGUCAGUGAAAGUAGAACAAGGUAAGGAAAUGCAGCUGGGACAUUCAGAACGCUUGCCAAAGCAGGAAACGAUCCGACCAAGAGUCAAAAGAGAGCGGCCCGAUGCCCAACCGUCCGGAGCAUCUGCAGUCGAUACUACCACGGAUGGAGAUAGAAGUUCUGCUGAGCCUGCGGCUCCAGAGGCAACAGUGCAGCAGAAUGCAGCCAUCAAUAGUUUGGUCAAGGAGGAGUUGGAAGAGGCUGAGAUGGAGAAGUUUGCCGGCUGGGAUGUGGAUGCCAAGAAAACGGACAUGGCAAAGGUAAAAGAGGAGGUGCCAGAGAUGGCAGAGACCCGGCCGGUCUUUUGGAAGCUCCAGGCUACUCAGAUGUCCAUUGAUCUCGAUCUGGAAGAGGAACCGAAGGAGGAACCUGUGGAAGCUGAGGAAAAGCAGCCAGCACCGCGGCAACGAUAUCACAUUCUCCAGCUGCCGAAGGAGUUAGAAGGUUGGGCAGAGCAGGUGCGAAAGUUUGCUUCGACCUACUUCCUCUGCGAGCGCUCGAUGCCGUUGGCCAAUCGAACUGCUGAACGCCUGUGGAAACUCUGUCAGAUCGGUCCUUGCCCUGCAGGUUUUGAUGGUGAUGACAGUUGCCGCCAACUGCUAAACAUCGCGAGGGACAGUUUUCAACUGUUUUGGCAGCAGCCAUUGGAUCCAGGAGACGAUGAUCCUUGUGGUCUCCGCUGUUUGCGCACCAAGACGCAGCCCCUGCUGUGCGUGCGCUACAUGGGGCCCCGCGGCAAACGAGGCAAACUCCGGCCGUCGGACAUCGUGCGCUGCGAGUUGCAGUGCCGUCGCCGUCUGCUGGAACUCUGGGACAGCGGCUUCUUCGAUGGCGGUUUUCGGUCGCUGCCCAUGGUGGAGUUGCCACCGGAGGCGAAAGCUGCAGUCACUCAAGGCGACAUUCCCCGGGCCAGGGCAGCCGUAGCGGUUGAUAACCUGGUUCAACCGAGGUCAAGGUUGAACGGGAUGGAUUUGGUGAAUGCAUUGAAGGAAGAAUCAUGGUACUUCAACCAAGCAGUUCAUGUCAGCCAGACUGCAGCGCGGACAGCCCGCUUUGCGGAGCCCACAGCAGUGCUUCAUCCCCUCUUGAAAGAGGUACUCCUGGAAUCUCUUUGCAGUCGAGGCAGUUCUGCACUGGAAAACUCCGACCAGCUGAAAUUGUAUAGCCACCAAGCAGAAGCCAUCGAUGCAGUUCUCCUCAACAAACAGGAUGUAGUGGUGAGCACAUCCACUGGUAGUGGCAAGUCAUUGGUUUAUUUAACGGCAAUUUUUGAUGCCCUUUUGCGCCGGGAGGAUGCUACAGCCAUCUUGAUCUUUCCAACAAAGGCCUUGGCACAGGACCAACUCCGAACUCUGAAAGAUUUGGCACAAGCAUUGACCGCCCGCGGGGUUCCUGAAGAGACACUUUCCAUCGCAUGUUUGGAUGGUGAUACACCUGGAGCAGAGCGAGCCCGAGUGCGCAAGGAGGCAAGAGUGGUGCUCACCAACCCAGACAUGCUUCACAGCCAUGUGCUCCCGCAACACAUUGAGUACUCCCGGUUGCUCCACAACGUUUGCUAUGUGGUCUUGGACGAGGUGCACGUCUACAGAGGAGCCUUCGGUGCCAAUGUUUGCAGCGUGAUUCGAAGGCUGAGGCGUCUGGUGGAAGUGGAAAGGACCCAAGAAGCGCUUCAGUUUGUAGCAUGCUCUGCAACAGUGGCGAAUCCCGGCGAACAUUUGGAGCGUCUCCUGGGUCGGUCACCGCCCUAUGUUGUUGCACGCGAUGGUUCACCUAGUGGUGGACAUGUCUACGUCUUGUGGAACCCCAUGGAGUUUGGACCCAGGGCACCCAAAGAUGAUGGAGAUGAGGGUGAGCAGGGCCCUGCCAAGCGGAUCAAAACAGAGGAGCCGCCGGCCACGGAAUCAGCUGAAGCACCCGAGGAUGGAACCCCCGUGCCGGGCGGCUCACGAUCUUCACCCAUCGUUGAAGUGACCCGUCUGUUGGCCUGGCUGGUCUCACGUGAUGUUUCCGUUUUGGCCUUCUGCAAGUGGCGCAGUCUGGUGGAGAUUGUGUUGCAGGAUGUGAAAGACGCCCUGCUCGCAAGCGAGGCGCCGGCACUCAGCAGCCGCGUGGUGUCAUACCGAGCAGGAUACCCACCAGCUUUGCGUCGGCAGCUGGAACGAGAUAUUUUCCACCGCAAGGUUCUGGGCGUGGCAUGCACCAAUGCCUUGGAGCUGGGGAUCGACAUCGGUCGUCUGGACUGCACGAUCUCCCUGGGCUUUCCCGGCAGUGUCGCCUCGCUACGGCAGCAGUUUGGUCGCGCAGGCCGUGCUGGACGCUUGGGCUUGUCCUUCUAUGUGGCCUUUGAUGAUCCAACUGAUCAGCACUUCAUGCGACGACCUCGCGAGCUGCUGGCACGUCGUCCCGAGUCAGUGGCUGUGGCACCAUCCAACGUUGCCGUGAUGCGAGGGCACCUGCCUUGUGCUGCAGCAGAGCGGCCUUUGGAGAGUGAAGAUGGGAGGUUUUGGCAAAGUGCAGUCGAUGCCGACCCCCUGGAUGCCUGGACGACAGCCUUGCAGAAAUGCCUCAGCAAUGGCACAUUGGAGCAGCGUGUGGAACGGUUUCAAGGAGCAGAGACCUCCAAAUUCGUUCCAGCGAAAUUCUGGGGCCUUCGCCGUGGACCCCAUCGGGCCAUCAGCAUCCGUGCUGUCGAGGAUCAUUUCCAAGUCUUUGAAGAAAUGGAAACAUCCAGUGAACCCAGAGAGGAGGCAGGUGGCUUCCUGGCAGAACCCAGGCGUGACAUGGGUCCCGCUGAAGCGGCCCUGCGCAAGCUGGAUGAAAUCGAAAUCUCCAAGGCCUUCUACUCGCUGCAUCCUGGAGCAGUUUACCGCUACAGAGGCUCCGAAUACAAUGUCAUGAAUCUGGACGUGAACCGCCGACGUGCUUUGGUGAAAAAGUGCGAUGCACCUUUACCAUACUACACCCGCGCUUUUGAUUCCACCGUGGUGCGAAUUCAGACCCGAGAACGGCAUGCAGUGUCAGGUGAAGCCAAGGUCUUUUUGGGCGAAAUGGAGCUUGAAAGUCGGGUGAAGAGCUUCAAGAGAUUCUGGAAAUCACAAGAUGUGCCACAAGAAGCAGAAGUUGAACUGAACCUUCCCAGUUGGGGCUACACCAGCCGUGGCUUAUGGUUUGAAGAUCCCCUGGGUGUUGCACGACCAGAACGGGACCUGGGAGAUCCACAAGUAGAAACUCCUGGCCAUGGCUGGGGCUGUGGUUGGGCCGGAGCCCAUGCCGCGAUGCACGCGUUGCUGCAGGUCUUCCCGCUCUUUGUCCUGGCUGACCGACAAGAUCUGGACGCUGCCUGUGUGGACGAGCAUGGUUUGCCACCCAUGGACCGACCGCGGCUGAUGAUUUUUGAUGCCAAAGAUGGGGGGUUGGGAUUGUGCGAUGCAGCAUUUCCACAUGGUUUUGCCAUCUUGCGAGAGGCCAGACGAUUAGUUGAGGACUGUCCAUGUGAAAAUGGAUGCCCAAGAUGCAUCAUCGAUUCGCACUGCAGAGAGUACAACCGCCUGCUGUCAAAGCGAGGGGCUUUGGAGUGGCUCAAGGGCUUGGAAUCUGGUGAUACCACCGAUGGCCGGGACAUAGUGCCAUGAUGUGACACAACCGCGGCCAGCUUCAAGGCCACCCGUGUGGAGGCCGGAUGCCACAAUUUGUGCAUCGCUUAGUGGCUGACUGCAGCCCGGUCGCCGAGAG